AUGCAACAGAAAGAGGCUGGGUACUUCGGAGUCGCGGCAGGGCAGCGCGGGGCGGCCAAUCCCCUCGUUCCGUGCUGCUGGGGGUGCGGUAAGCUGGUGGAGACGGGCCACCGCAAGAUCGAACACGAGCAACAAUGUGCCCAUCGGGAGGUUGAGUGCAACUACAAGUGCGGCGCGUAUCGCCUCCAGCACCGGGAGCUGGCACGCCACCUUGCGGAGUCGUGCCGACUUCGCCCCGUAGUAUGCAGCACGCGUUGCGGGGUUUCUGUCGUCGCUGAGGACUAUGCGAAUCACCAGGCGAGUGACAAAAGCCACCUUUUGGCUUGUCGACAUGAGCUCAGGCCUACAAUCGUGGCGACUACUUGCCCGAUGCGACCUGUCGCUUGCAAGGCAUGCAAGAAUAAGGUAGUGGCGUCAGCUCUUUCGAGGCACGAAGCAGAAACGUGCCCCAUGAGGAUGGUGGAGUGCGAGCUGGGCUGUGGGGACAUUGUUCCCGCGUCAGGCACAUCCCGCCAUCUCGCCAAGACCUGUCCGCUCAUGCGCGUGACGUGCCGGCUGGGCUGCGGACAGUCGAUGAGCCUCAAGAUGCUGGCGGAGCACGAGAAAUCGCUGUGCAGCGAGAGGUUUGUGAAGUGCAGAUGGCGCUGCUCCGAGGAAGUCAAGGCCAAGCACAUCGACGACCACGAAAAGUUCGAGUGCAAGCACGCGGACGCCCCAUGCGGAAACCGGUGCGGGUUGUACCUGCCCCUCGGCGACAUGAAGCAACACUACGCCGACUCGUGCGCGCACCGCUUCGUGCCGUGCGGCGUUGGCUGCGGGUAUCGGGUUCGUGCGAAGGACUUGGCCUUCCACGAGAGCAACGAGUGCGAGUCUCGCCUCAUCUCGUGCCCGUCUGGGUGUGGCGGCGGCAACGACGAGAACAAGAGCGGCACCGCCACCUCCACCGCCGUGUUUCCGGCUCGUGCUUUGGAGGUGCACCUGAUGUACGGCUGCGCCCUCCGCUUGGUGAAGUGCGCGGCGUGUGGUGACGAGGUGACGGCGAAAGACCUGGAUUCUCACAAGAAGGACACAUGCAGGUAG